AUGGAGCGCGCGCUGGCCGUCGCCUUGCUCGUCAUGCUCACGCUCUGGAGCGUGCCGGUGGCGGCCGGCGACGGAGGCAUUUCCGUGGCGCCGGAGGCGUGCCGCCUGGACCGGCUUCCCCGUGGCUCACCCGGAGACGCUACAACGGCUGAAAUCGGGAGAAUGAACAACAGAAUACUAUCGGGAAGAGACACAGGAGCUUUGACCAUAGGCUAUGUGAAGGAGCUCAAGGUUGCUGUGCCUAAAAAACCGGGGUUUAAAGCUUUUGUGAAUGCAACUUCUCAUAAUGCCAGUGGCUAUUGCAUUGAUAUCUUUGAGGCUGCUGCGAAGAAACUACCACAUGUUCUUCAUUAUGAGUUCGUUGCCGUUGAUGGUUCUUAUGACGAACUAGUACGCAACGUGUCUUCGGGGAACUACGAUGCAGUAGUGGGUGACAUAACUAUAACCGCAGCGCGAGCUGUAGACGUGGACUUCACGAUGCCAUACACUGAGUCAGGCGUGUCACUGCUUGUGCUCACCGAGAAUGACUCCAAGUCAGCAAUUGAAUGGGUGUUCCUAAAGCCACUAACAACACAACUUUGGUUAGCACUUAUGGGGGGAUUCUUCUUCACUGGACUUGUUGUGUGGACGAUCGAGUGGCCCAGAAACCCGGAGUACCAAGGAUCGAGUUUGAGACAGUGCAGCACUGCUCUCUACUUUUCUUUCUCGACUUUGACAUUUUCUCAUGGUCAAAUUAUUAGAAGCCCCCUGUCAAAAAUUGUUGUGGUGAUAUGGUGCUUUGUUGUGCUGGUUAUAGUGCAGAGCUACACAGCUAGCUUAUCAUCCAUUUUGACUGCAAAGAGGCUCCGGCCCUCAGUGACAGAUCUUGAGCAGCUCCGAUCAAAUGGUGAUUAUAUUGGAUACCAAUCUGGAUCAUUUGUACGUUCUGUCUUGAUAAAAGAAGGCUUCAAUGUCAAUAGGCUAAAGGACUAUCCGAAUAAAGAGGAAUAUGCUAAAGCUUUGAGGAAGGGAUCAAAGAAUGGAGGUGUCUCAGCUAUCGUUGAUGAGAUCCCAUAUAUAACCUCGUUUCUCUCUGACCCUAAAUACAUUAAUGAAUUCCAGAUGGUUAAUCGCAUAUACAAGACACCUGGACUUGGUUUCGUGUUUCCUCAAAAAUCUCCGCUGGUGCAUGAUCUUUCGGUUGCCAUCCUGGACCUUGGGGCUGAGGGCUCACGAAUUGAAAAGAAAUGGUUAGGCACAGAAACACCAUUGCCCAGCUAUGGCAUCCCCAACACGGACGCGACACCUCUCACUUUGCGAAGUUUCUCUGGUCUCUUCAUCAUCAAUGUAUGUAUGUCAGCUCUCAUGCUGUUGAUAAGCAUUGCCAAGUCGGUUCACGCCAAAUACACCAAAGUGAGGGAUUCUGAUAUGCAGAGUGCCGAUGGAGAUGGCAGAAGUGAAGGCCACAGAGGAUUUGGUCCGCUGCAGAACGACAUGGGCAAUGGGUCUAUGGCUGAUCAACCCCACCAUGAAGCCAGAAAUGAGCAUCCUCAGGGUGUCAGUGGGAUCAGAGAAAGUCCUGGUGAUGUAGAACCCAAUGACUCUGUGCCCGAACACGCCAUCCUAAUCGAGAUGAACACCCGAUGA